CAGCUCUCUUCUUUAGACAAACACUGGCAACAGGCGUGUCCAGUCUAUUACUAAGCAAACACAUCCCCUUUAUACAGCAUUAAUUCACACCUUGAUCCCACAAGGAGAGGAGCAGCUAGCGGGCCCCACCACACACCAUGUCUACUGGUUCUCUCAGUGAUGUGGAGGACUUCCAGGAGGUGGAAAUGGUGGGCUGUGAUGGCAUGAAACUGGAUUCCAGCAAAGAGUUUGGCAUUUCUAAUGACAGUAACGAGGAAAGCUCUGUUUGUGAUAACGAGUCUCCCAAGAAAGGCAGAGGGCAAGCAGGAAAAAGGAGGAAAAACCCCAGUAAGAAGAGUCCAUUGAGUGGAGUCAACGGUGAGGGGAAACAGGUCCAGAGGAACGCAGCCAAUGCCAGGGAGAGGGCAAGGAUGAGGGUGCUCAGCAAAGCCUUCUCCAGACUCAAGACCACCCUGCCCUGGGUUCCUCCGGACACAAAACUGUCUAAACUAGACACCCUUAGACUGGCAUCCAGUUAUAUAGCUCAUCUGAGGCAAAUUCUGGCCAAUGACAAGUAUGAAAAUGGCUAUAUCCACCCUGUCAAUCUGGUAAGUGGGCAAGUAGACAUUUACUAAACACAAUCCAGGAGAAAUGGAAUAAUCAGCUUGCUUUCAUAAUAGUUGAAUGCACUCCAAGUAUACGUGUUGUGCUCAGUAUUUAACACGGACUCACUUAUCAGUCCUAGUGGUGGGUUCCAACUUAAAAGAUAUGCUUGUGAACUACAAUUCCCAUGAUUCUCAGCCAGCGGUCCACACUGUGCUGUGCUAAUGAUAGAUAUUGCUGGGCUCUUUGAAUAGCUUAUUUCGUUUACUGAUUUCUAAUCGAAUGAUUGUAUCAUUUAUAGGUUGCUGCAUUGUCUCGUGUGCUUAUAAAAAAUUGAGAAGAUUGUGUGUGUUGGUGUUGAAGCCCAAAUUUGUUUGUGUAUUAUCCGUGUGUGCUUUAUUCUGUUGUGUGUGUGUUUUAUCCAGAUGUGCAUGUGUGUCUUACACUAAUGUGUGUGUGCAUGUUUUAUCAUAAUAUGAGUGUGUGUGUGUGUGUGUGUGUGUGUGUGUGUGUGUGUGUGUGUUUUAUCAUGUGUGUAUUUCUGUGUGUUUUUAUCCUGAUGUGUGUGACUGUCUUUUUUUCCUGGUGUGACUGCUUGUAUGUUAGCCUUACAUGUGUACAUCAUAGUAUGUGUGUAGGUGUGUUAUAUCCUAAUGUGUCACAUUCUGAAGAACUACAGUCUCAGUCAUAUUUCAUGUUAUCUGCUCUUGCAGUAAAUAAUGGAUCUGGCUGUGGGGUUGUUGGAAGAAUGCCUGUACCAGGAUGAUAUCUGUUCGCUUGGAACUAAACGUCUUAUUUUAAACAAUUAUACUCACUAAUUGAAAAGUGUUAUUGUAAUUUAAAAGUAAGAAAUGGAUCCUGUUAAACGCAUUGAUAUCUUAAAUUUUAUUCUGGUUCAAACCAAGGGCACAAAUGACUCACAUGACAUAAUUAUACAUUAAAGCAUUUAUUUAUGCUUUCAUUUUCCUUAUUUUUCGAUUUUAUCUGGCUGUAAUGUAAAACAGACUAGGCUAUGUAUGAAGUUAAAAGAACUAAACUAACACACAGAUUUACUAAGCUUCCAUACAAGUAAUGCAGGAUUAUACAAGAUUUUGAUAAUUUGAUUUGUUUUAUACAAUAAAACAAAUGUAAUAAUAACACUGCUCUGAAAAGUGUAAAUAAGUACAUUUUAUAUGUGUUUUUUAAAGAAGAAAAUGAAGUGGGCAUGAAUCAUUUCUAUGUUAAUAUCUGCUUGAUCUUUUAGUAUAUGACUAAUCCUGCUAUGUCAAGCAUUCGAAUCCCACACAGUUUUUAUUAUUUUAACAACUACUACCCCCUAUUCACUUCUGGAUGUGUGUAUGUAUUUAUAUAUGAGGAUUAUAUCUGUAUAUGUAUGGUUAAGGUAUGUGUUUGUAUAUUGGGCUAAUUUGAAAACAAGUUUUGAAAAUUAACAAAUACUGCUGCUUGGGGAAAACAAUUCUACAAGACAACUAGAUUUCCAAUUUGGCCAAAUAGGCCUAAAAUUGCAUUUUGCACAAAUUAACUACUUAGUGAAUAAAUCCCACCAUUAUGGUAUAUAAAUAUGUACUAUAAUAAUUAUGCUAUCAAUAUUAAUUCACAUUUUAAAUACUAUAAUAAUCUUAACAUAUUACAAUAUUUAUUUCAUUGAUAUAUUAAAACUUAAGAUACACAUCAUUUCAGGGUUAUUCAGUAAAGUGUCAAUUGUCUGGAAAUGAAUUGAAAAUGAAUUUCAUAUUUUAGGCUAUAAUAGCCGAUUCGGAAAAAUUCUCCAAGUCAGCAAUGUUUUCAUAUCGGCUAUUCUGGCCUUAAAUUUCAACAUUUACUUUGAGUACACCUUAAAUCCUGGUAUGCAUAACACCGAAAAUGUUUCCUUUCUGGGAGUAAAAUAAGAAAUGUAAAAAUUAAAUGCAUAUGAUUUUCACAUUUCAUUUAUUUAUAAUUAGUUGAUUGUUUUGUAAUUUCUGCAUGAUAUGCAGACAUGACUGAUUUUAUUUCCUGUGUCUUCUUGGCAGACGUGGCCCUUUAUGGUUGCUGGCAAACCAGAAAACGACCUGAAAGAAGUAGUGGGUUCUGGGCGCCUAUGUGGGAGCACAGCAUCUUGACCCUAUAGAACUGUAUGGAAAACUGUGUCUGGCAACAAAUGCACAUCUACCAAAACAUGCAAGGACAAUCAGACUGCUUCAAAGGAGAGGACCAAAUGUAUAUAUGAGUUUUGUAUCAUUACAAAAACAAUCAUUUCUAUUUAAGUGUAUGGCUUUGUGCAUUGUGUGUUGCUCUGAGUCUGGCUGGUCCAAGCACUCCAGUAAUCCUCUGCAAUUUUGUACAAUACUUUGUUCCACGUGGAGAAGUCUAGAAAGAUGGCUUUGAGAGUCAAUUCUAGAAAUAACUCUCAUUUGAGAUAUAUAAAUUUAUAUAUAUUAUGAAAAUAUAUAUUUUUUUUUC